AUGGCGUCGAUGAGGGACAGUGACACCGGCCUGUGGCUCCAUAACAAGCUGGGAUCAACGGACGAGUUGUGGGCACCUUCUAGCAUUGCUUCGCUGCUUACAGUUUCUGUCAUCGACAACAUACGCCUGUGUUUUUCGAGUUUGUCGCCUCCCGUGAAGUUAAAACUCUUGCUUGGGAUGCUGCAUCUCCCAAGGCGGACUGUGGAUGAGAUGAAGGAGGCUCUCUCAGAGAUCAUCCAGCUGGCCACACUGGACUCUGAACCCUGGGUCCUCAUGGUGGCUGACAUUCUUAAGUCCUUCCCUGAGACUGGAUCCCUUAACCUGGACCUUGAGGAGCAGAACCCAAACGUCCAGGACAUCCUCGGCGAGCUUCGAGAGAAAGUGAGCGAGUGCGAGGCCUCUGCCAUGCUGCCCCUGGAGUGCCAGUACCUGAAUAAGAACGCCCUGACCAUGCUGGUGGGGCCUCUCACGCCCCCCGUCAAGCACUUUCAGCUCAAGAGGAAACCCAAGAGUGCCACGCUGAGGGCCGAGCUGCUGCAGAAAUCCACAGAAACUGCGCAGCAGCUGAAGAAGACUGCCGGGGUGCCUUUCCACGCCAAGGGGAGGGGCCUGGUCAAGAAGAUCGACACGACAACGCCCCUCAAGGGCAUCCCGAAAGCCCCUUUCCGAAGUCCUACCACUCCCAGCAUGUUCAGCCCCCCCAGCAACAGAACCCCCAUCGCCCCCGCGCGGACGCCCAUGCGCAAGGAGAGGGGAGUCAAGUUAUUGGACAUCUCUGAGCUGGACAUGGUGGGAGGCGGGAGAGAAGCCAAGAGGAGGCGGAAGACUAUGGACGCGGAAGCGGGCGAGAAAGCCGCCAAGGAGGAGGCGGUGGUGGAGAACACCACGCCGGACUACGCCGCCGGCUUGGUGUCCACACAGAAACUGGGGUCGCUGAACAGCGAGAGCGCCCUGCCGUCUACGAGCUACCUGCCCGCCACGCCCAGCAUGGUGCCCUCGUCCUCCUACAUCCCCAGCUCAGAGACACAGCCCGCGAACGCGGGCGGUUCGGGGCGCGAGGCCCUGCAGCCCAGCCGGCAGGCCGAGGACUCGGCGGCCCCCGGCGCCACGCUACCCGGCCAGUUCAAACAGAGGCCGCCCAUGUACAACAGCAGCAACACCAGCCCCACCGCCCCCACCUCGCCCACCACGCCCACCAGCACCCCCACCAACAGCGCCCCGCCCACCGCCGCCACAGCCACGCAGCAGGAGACGCCCACGCAGCCCCCGACCUCCCAGCCCACGCCUACGCCCGUUGCCCAGCAACCGGCGCCCAAGAAGAACCUCUCGCUUACGAGAGAACAGAUGUACGCCGCGCAAGAAAUGUUCAAGACGGCGAACAAGGUCACCCGACCGGAGAAGGCCCUUAUCCUGGGCUUCAUGGCCGGAUCACGAGAGAACCCGUGCCCAGAACAGGGUGACAUCAUCCAGAUCAAGCUGAGCGAGCACACGGAGAUCCUGCCCAAAGCAGACGGGACGGGAAGCACCACCAUGCUCGUGGACACCGUGUUCGAGAUGAACUAUUCCACAGGCCAAUGGACUCGCCUCAAGAAGUACAAGCCAAUCACCAACGUCUCCUGAGGGAGCUGGGAGCUGGGCUGGGCUGGGCUGGGCGGGGCGGGGCGGGGCGGGGAGGGGAGGGGAGGGGCGGGGAGGGGAUUGGGAUGGGGGCUGUAUCAAAAAUACAGAAACACAACAACAAAACAAAAACAACAAAAAAGUAUGGGCCAAAUCCAGCUUAAGUUGGGGUAAGGGUGGUGUGCUGGGAUCUGUGGAGAGGGGAUAAAAAAGCCUUCACGUGCUGUUUAAAUCUCCAAACGUCUAAUGCCACACCCAUCUCUGUUCAUGCAUUGCCAACUGGCAGGAACUUUUUUUUCUGUUUUUUUAUUGGGUUUAUUUUUUUUGUUUGUUUUUGGUUGUUUGUUUUUAAAGCCCACUGAAGUCCCUUCAGAUUUCCGAAUGUUCAUGAGGGGCUGGGGAAAGACUAUAUUGAUUGGCAUUUUUGAUUGGCACCUACCAGACUGUUGCUUUGUGGAGGCAGCAGUUGACUGAGGGUUGUUGAGGGUAAAAAAAAAAAAAAAAGUAUUGUGUGUUUUAUUGUGAGAAAAUUCUAAAAAUAUUUGCGGCUUCUACCAAGUUCAAAGAAAAACGUACACACACGGCAAAAUGUGAUGGUGGUUAUCUUUCUAUAAUUGUCAACUUCCUUUUUGAGAAUUCUGGCAACUGUUUGUUUUUCAACCUCAUCAAGAAGGGGAGAAAAUAAACUAGAACAGGUCCAGACUUA